AUGGCAGAGUCCCUGGGCCUUGCCUAUCAAAAGACAAAGGGGGCAAUCCCUCCUGAUGGUAACCAUGGCACGAGAGUGCCUUUCCUUCAUGAUCGUCAUCGAAGCGGGGUGAUUGCAGUUGGUCAACAACAACUUGCCACUGAUAUCUGGUCACAAUCCGUCUCGAAAUUUCAACCCAUCAACGAUCCAAACUCGAUGUGA